AUGCAAAGGCAUAUUACCUCUCUAGGCUAUGAUGUGUGGGUUGUAGUUAAAACUGCCUAUACCUCUGCUACUACCCCAAAAACCUCUGAUGAGAAAAAGGCUUAUGAAUGUGAUGCUAAGGCGUCAAAUGCUAUAUGUUGUGGUCUGUCAAAUGAUGUGUUAGUUAAAGUUAUGGAUUGCAAAAAUGCAAAAGCCAUAUGGGAUAAACUAUCCAGUAUUUAUGAAGGUGAUGAUAAAGUUAAAGAAGCAAAACUGCAGAUCUUUAGGGCUAGAUUUGAAAGUUUGAAAAUGACUGAAGAUGAGAAAACGGCUGAUUUUUUUCUUAGGAUUUCAGAAAUUGUAAAUUCAAUAAGAGGUCUUGGUGAAACUCUGGAGGAAAAGGUUGUUGUUAAAAAGGUCCCAAGGUCUUUGACACCGAAGUAUGAUUCCAAAGUCUCAGCUCUAGAAGAAAGAGACUUAAAUAAACUUACUAUAGAUGAAAUGCAUGGUGUUUUAACUGCUUAUGAAAUGAGAAUAAGUGAAGACAUUCAACCUAGUAAAGAAACCGCAUUCAAAACUCAGAAAAAAGAUAAUGAUUCAAAGUUAGAUAAACCUGAUGAUGAGACAAUCUUUGUUAGUAGACUUAAAAGAGGAUCAAGUAGAUAUAGAGGAAAACUGCCUUUCAAAUGUUUUAACUAUGGAAAAAUUGGCCACUAUGUUGCUCAAUGUCCUAGUAAAGAAGAAACUAGUGAAGAUGAGGACAACAGAAAGUUAGGAAAGAAAAAAAAAAUUCAAAACAAAAAGAAAACCUUCUUUAAGAAAAAGAGCUUCUAUGCAGAUGUCACAGAUAGUUGUUCAGGUGAAUCUCUUGUAGGAGAUGAAACCUUGUUUAUGGCUAUUUUAUCUCCAAAUGUGACUCCGGAGGACACUCCUUUUGAGCAUUCUGAAUCAGAAAUUGAUCUAGAAGGAGAACUGAAAUGUGCCCUCAAAGAAAUCAAAAGAUUGAGAAAAGUUUUUGUUACUCUAAAGGAUCAAUAUCAAAGUGUUAAUGAGUGCAUGUCUGGUUUAACUCUUCAAUUAGAAGAAAAUAAAAGGAUUCUUGAAGUUACUCAAGGGAAAUUGAGUGAUAAGGAAAAAUAA